AUGCUGCAGAGAAGCCUCCUGCCAGGCAGCACUCCUCCACCUGUGGCCUCCAGCCUCCUUACAGUGGAACACUCAUCUGCUUCAUGUGUGGACUUUGAAGUCCAUGUUCUCAGCAGCAGCCAUCCUGCUUCUCUGCAGAGCUUCACUUAUUUAGUGCGGUUUGUCCCUGCACAGGAUCCAACACUACAGUGUGCGUGGACCUUCCGUCUGCAGCUUUUUGGAACACAGAAAGGCCUCCUCCUCCAGAACAGCACAGACACAUACGACGACCACCUAAGAAAGACUGCUACACAUCUUGUCCGUCGCUCUGCUUUGCCCUUUGAUCCAAAGAAAUCCACUGGGUUUGUGGCAAAGGUGAAAUGUACCAGAAGCAGCCUUACACCAGGCUUUUUGAGAGUCAGAGUCAACCACAGUGCCGCAAGAGCCAUCGAAGCACCAACAUCUUGCCAGCAGGAAUUCUGUCAGAUAUACGAUCUGUAUAUUCAGAAACCUUACAACACCACUAUCCUGAACCAGAAAAGAGGGACAUCUUUCUACCUCUUUGUCAGGCUGCUGCUACAGUGCAACGUUGCUAUUUCUGUCAAGUCCUUGUGGCGAAUCUAUGCUGUUCGCGAUACAACAACCGAUCCCGACUGGUCCAAACCCCUCAACACCGACGCGAUGCACGGAGUCGAAAUGAUAGUCUUAACCGUGCCCAGCUACACUUUAGAUUUCGGCCUGUAUCUCUUUUAUUUCACUGUUGAGAUAAACCCGAUCAGGACAACGACUAUCCUCAGGGGCUCAGAUAAAGUCUACAUCCUGAUCGAGGGCACCGAUCUCGUGGCGAAUAUUGCAGGGGGGGCGUUCCGCACAGUGGGGUUUUCUAACAGGUGGAUUCUCAAUGGCUCUGCAUCCUACGAUCCUGAUUCUCAGGAAGGACUAAAGGGAAUGACGUUUACUUGGUACUGCACUAAAGAGGUGGCGGACUAUGAAACCAUGACACUCAGCCCAGGAAAGAAAUGCCACCCAUACCAGAAGGAUUUGAAAUGGGUAACACCCUCAGGUCCAGUUCAAACAGUGCCUCGACAAUUCCUCCCAGGGAAAGACACCUAUUACUUCCGUCUAGUGGUUGAAAAGGGCGGAAGGAGUAGUUAUGCUGAUCAAACUGUGAGCGUGAAGCCUGGCUCUCCACUCCUCCUGGAUGUGACAUGCAUUGAAAACUGUGGUAAAGCUCUAAUUCCAACAGAGAGAUUUGUCUUGUCUGGCAAAUGCCUGAACUGUAGAUCGUACAACAAGCCAGUCUAUUACUGGUCUCUCUUUUCUCGAAACUUUAAAGAAAUCAGCUUUGACUGGUCUUCCAGGACCACCACGGGGAGGCAUGGGGCUUACCUGUCUAUACAUGCUCAGACUUUUACAAAGGCUGUACAGCGAUCCUACCUCCUCCUGUUAAAUGUAACUACCCUGGAUGGCAGGGCCUCCAUGUAUAGACGUGCGUUUAAGAUCAAUUCUCCUCCAAAGGCUGGCAAGUGCACCAUCAACCCACGCUGGGGUAGAGCCUUGCAGACAAAAUUUGUGGUUGCAUGCCGUGGAUUUUCUGACAGACAUACACCUCUGACAUACAAAGUGGUAAUAGCUUCUGAUGUAUCCAGAACUACCAAAAUAACUUCUGUGGAGGAAAACACAUUUGGCACAAUUCUGUACUUUGGUUAUCAACCUAAAACUCCUCCGUCUUUUCUCCCGGUUGGAGUGCCCUCUCAGAACUACCGUCUGACACUUUACGUUCAAGUCAGUGAUUCCCUGGGGGCAUUUACUCAGGUGAAUCUAUACACCCAGGUGGAGAACCCUGUUAGCAGUCAACCGCCGGCUGCUCCGUUUCAAGACCUGAUGGCUUUGGUGAGCAGAUUGAGCAAGAGGAUGACGUCUUACCUCCAGACCGGCGAUUAUUUUAGUGCGGGUUAUCUGAACUACCUGGCAGCCUCGCUCUUAAACUACAUUAAAGCCACACCAGCUCUCCAGCUCCCGACGGCUCAGCUUCGAGAAGACUUGAUUCGAACAGCCCUGAACAUUUCAGCUGAGAGCACAAUGGAAGCCAAUCAAGUAGUCGCCUCUAUUUGUCACGUCACAGAGGACGCUGAUGAAGUGAACCGCAGGUCACAAGACCUCGCCAUUAAGAAACUGGCAGAAGUAACGGGAGUGUUGAAUGUAUGGAGGCAUGAGAGCCAGUGGUCUGAGCAAGCAGAAAUUCAGAGCAGUGGAAUACUAAGUUGCUUGUCCAAUGUCCUGAGAGCUGCCCUCCUGAAUCGCAGGAGCGUCAACGUAGAUGGGGUUAAACAAGUCGUGUCCAUCACGGAAAAUUUGACGGAGAUAGUUUUCCAGGGCAAAGUCCCUGGAGAUAUAGACACUCUCAUGGGAACAAAAAAGUGGAAUAUCACCUUGAAAAAAGAGGAAGCCUGGAAUAUGACAAGUGCUUUCUCUGACAAAGACAACUGCAGGAAUUGCUUUUAUCCAUUGCUGGAAAAGGGCAAUUAUUCAGGGUUGUCCCCCGACGCGGUGAUUUCCACUGCCCUUUUUGAGUUUGAUGAGAACCCCUUCCCUUGGUUACGUUACACAUCAGAAAUUGCAACAAUGGUCCUGGGGUUUAAAAUGGCAGAGAACAAGGAUAACGGGCAUCUGCUAGGGAUCAUGCCUGAAAAGCCAGAAAUUAUUGUUGUUAGGAAAGAUAAGGAAUCUUCAACUUUUCAGUUAGCAAUAGGACCUGGUAAAACACAGGCUCACACAACCGGAGGAUUCAGUUUGGAAAUCAACAAAAAUACCACAACCACAUACUUCCAGAUCCUGACCAAUUUACAAGUUACUUUCAAGGUGCUAGUAUUUACAGGCACUAAUGUCACUCAUGCUUACCCCAUAGCCACAUUUGAUGCUUUUCAUGACAAGGCAACAGUGGCAAGAGAAACUGAGACAGCUAGCACUGACUGUAACAUUGAGACUCCCUAUAUUAUCUGCCUCCCAGAGUCAUUGCUGAGAGCCACAGCUCAAGGAAGCAGUGGAGAGGCUCAUAACAUCUCCAUUGUCUUGCAGACACCCUAUGUCGUGAGCUCUAAAACCCAGAGCCUGGUGAGCAUUCACAUCUUCAGUGAUCAGUGCUUAUUUCUGGAUAAUGUUUACAGUCAGUGGAGGCAAGACACCUGCAUGCUUGGGCCCAUGACCAACUGGCAGAGGGUGCACUGCGUCUGCAAUCUGAAGCAGAGGCGCGCGAGUCGGACAGUCACAUCCACAUCUAGCAUCAGGUUCCUGGCAGCCAAAGUAAUAGUUGCCCCCAACAUAGUAGAUCUGGAGAAAGCUCUGAUAGCAGACAUACAUAGUAACCUAGUGACCCUCUUAACGGUGCUGUUCAUUUUUGCCGUCUACGUUCCUUUGGCCAUCUGGGCCAUGAGAAAAGACAGGGCUGACAGGGCAGACAAAUGCAAGGUUAUAGUCCUGCCAGACAACGACCCUUUUGACAAAGUCAGAUAUUUGGUCACUUUAUACACAGGCAGUCGCUGUGGAGCUGGAACCACAGCAGAUGUCUUUCUUCAGCUCUAUGGCCAGAAAGGCAAGAGCGAUGCCCAUUGUUUAAGGCACCCAUACUUCCCGUCUUUACGACAAGGAAGUAUUGAUUUCUUUCUGUUGACUGUUAAGAAAGACCUGGGAGACAUUUGCAUCCUCAGGAUGUGGCACAACAACAAGGGCUCAUCUCCAGGUUGGUUCUUAAGCAGAGCUGAAGUGGUGAAUAUGUCCACCAGGAAGAUUUGGUUCUUCGUGUGCCGGAAAUGGUUUUCUGUUGAUAAGGGUGACCACUUACUAGAAAGGACAUUUUCUGUCACAGAUCCCAAGGCACCUCUGCACAGAACUGACUAUUUUUUAAUUAAUCUUGUCAGAAGCCUGACAGAGGGCCAUCUGUGGCUCUCAGUUUUCGCUCGUGCUCCCACUGGCACUUUCAGCAGACUCCAAAGGUUGUCUUGCUGCUUAGCAAUACUAUUAUUAAACCUGUUUGUAAACAUUAUGUUCUUUAAUGCUCACAAGAACGAAGAGUCUUCAGCACACAUGAAUCUUCUUAGGUCAAUAAUGGUAGGAAUUGAGUGUGCUUUGAUUACUCUACCUGUGGAAAUCCUUAUAAUUGCCUUAUUUAAUUAUUCCCAGAAGGACCCUCCUCCUCCUGGUACAAGAAGCAAGUUCACUCCCCCAUUCUGGAAUAACUGCACCAUUCCUGAAAGAGACGCAAAUGUAAUUGUAACGGAGGAGCAGAUGACAACCACAAAUUCCCUUCCAAUAGCUAAAGCUCCCCUAAAGAGAAGGCCACCAGCAGAUUCCAACUUUAGUAGUAAUUAUGCAGAAGAAGGGGGCAACCUUCAGAAAGAAAGGAAACCACUAAGCUCUACUUCCACGCUUUUCCUCCAGAGAGCGCGCCCAGUUUGCCAUCGGUGGCGCACCUGUCUCUCGUGGGCACUGGUUGUAGCCGUCAGUGGGCUGUCCUCCUUUUUCAUUGUGUUGUAUGGUUUAUCUUAUGGCUACCAGAUUUCCCUAGAGUGGCUUUUAGCAUCUGUAGUCUCCUUUAUUGAGAAUGUGUUCUUCCUUUCCUUUCUGAAAAUCAUUUUGUUAUCGGCUGUAAGCUCAAUCUGUCGAAAGCGCUGCGAAAACAUUGCGUGGUUAAGUCAGGAAAAGUAUUCCGAGCUUAAGGUGGCCGAAGAAAUGCUGAGUGCUGAUGAGAUGAGAGCAGUGCACUUGAAACUGGCUGAAAUCAGGCGCAGCAAGUACUAUCAGCCUUUGGAAGCUGAUGAGAUGGCAAACAUGCUGGAAAGGGCACGAAUUAAAGCUAAAGCAUUCCUUUUCAUAAAAGAUUUGAUCAGUCACCUUCUCUUUCUAACACUGUUCUUUUAUUUCAUAUAUUCCAAUGACAACAUUGAUAAUUUCCACUACAAUCGAUUCAUCCACAACCAAUUCUCCCCAGGACUCUCCAGUGUGGAUAAGCUGGAAGAUAUCUACAGGUGGGUGAAAGACUCGUUCUUGCCUUUGAUCCACAGCGACUCUGAGCCAACCUUUCUUUCUGAGAGCUGGUCCAAAAUCCUUGGUUUGCCUAGGAUGAGGCAAGUGCGGGCUAAAGAUACCAGGAAGAAAUGUUUCCAUCCUCACAGCUCUGUAAAUCACUUGGUGAUCAGCAAGAGCCACUGUCUUCACGUAUACGGCACCGAUAUCCCAGAGACGGGGCACUACGCCGGCACUUGGACAAAGGCUGCCAACCAGUCUGUUUCCAAGGAUGCCAGCAGUUAUGAUGGGUUCACUUACCAGCAAAACACGUCUCAGUGGAUGUAUUAUUCGUAUGGAGAUCUGCACACAUAUGGACCAGCAGGGUACACGUUUUACUUUUUCCCCAAUGAAAGAAGUCCUAAUUCAACAAUAAGGCUGAAUGCUCUAGAAGAGAGCUACUGGCUUGAUGACAAGACAUGGGCUGUGAUCACUGAAUUAACUACAUUUAACUCAGAUGUAGACCUCUUCUGCACCAUCUCAGUCAUAUUUGAAAUGUCUGGGUUUGGGAUCGUAAAACCAAGUUUGGCAGUACACUCUUUUGCACUCCCCAUUCUCCGACACCAAACUAAAGCUCAAAGAGCUUUGUUUGCCAUUGUCAUUGCCUUUCUACUCAUUUACAUUGCAGAGGAGCUUUACACCGUGUACCAAGAGAAAAAAGAUUACAUUAAAAACAUUUCCAACAUAAUCAACCUUGGCUUAAAAUCAGCAUUCCUCCUUUUUGUCCUGUUAAAGAUCAUCAAGUACAAGAUGGGAGAGGAUAUAGUAAAUUUUUACUUACUUCACCCACAUGAUUUCAUUCAUUUUCAUGCAGUUUCUCACCUGGAUCAGAGUCUAAGGAUAUCUAUGGGCUUCUUAGGAUUUCUGGCCAUUUUGAAAACUCUAAAGUAUUUUCAGUUGGUUUAUGAUGUGCGCCUGGUACAGAGAUCCAUCUUGGCAGCCCUUCCUGGAAUCUCCUCAACGGCCCUCAUGGUGCUGGUGUACUUCUUUGCUUUUAUCAUGUUUGGCUACCUUGUGUUCGGGCAACAUGAACAGAAAUACAACAGCAUCAUUCAUUCAGCUCAGACCAUAUUCUCUUACUGUGUCUCAGCUUUCAGUGAUACCCCAUUUUCAUCCAACAGGUUGGUGGGGGCUAUUUUCCUAGCCUCUUUCACAUUAGUGAUGAUCUGUGUCUUGAUUCAUCUCUUCCAAGCUGUCAUUAUGUCUGCCUAUGAAGAUAUGAAACGACAGGAACACGGAGAACCAUCUGAUGAAGCACAGGUGGCCACCUUUCUAUUGCAAAGGCUCAAAAAUCUGCUUUCUCUUCUGAAAUGUAAAAGAUCCCAAACCAGCAAGCCUGGUCUUUUCCACAACAUACUCCAUGGGAAGCCUGAGAGAAGACACCAGCAAGAUUCGGGGUUCAAGAACAAACAGAAAAGGAAAUGGGGAAAAUUUGAUUAUUUUGUCAUCUGA